CAGUACCCGCAGUGGACACACGCUUAGCUUUAGCUACGUAGGCGCAGCAGCCGGAAACUAGCUAGCAGGUCGAGAAGGCCGGCCGGAGGUAGGGAGAUGGCAGGGCACCACAGCCCCUCGGCGGCCUCGGCACUGCGUGAAAAAGACACGCUGGUGAGGUGUCUCGUGGGAUCAGGUCCCGGCGGCGGCGCUCAUGCCGGGACCUUCGGCGCUGUGCGGGACUUCCUCAUCCAGUUCCGCGACCAAGGAAUCCCCUGGGUCCGCAUCUACGAGUCAACCCCGGCUUGGCAGCAGCAAUCCGGCGGGCUGCUGAUCCAGGAUUGGGACGGAGACGCCGCGGCGGAGGGAGCCAAGGUGUUCUUCACGCUCAUCACCACAAGGAGGGGCGGCGCCAUUAACAGGAGGGCACUGGGAGGCGGGACGUGGACAAGCAAGGCCGCGCCCAGGGUAGGGGACGAGGUCGCCGUCAGCACACUGUACUUCAAACGGGGCGGGUCCAGCGGCAGAUUAUUCACCGCCUUGGAGAUCCAUCUCAGAAACGAGCCCCAAGUUGCUAUCUGCCUGCUGCAUCCGACUAACUAUCUGUAUAGCAUUCGGGAUUUGAGGCUCUACAUCGACCAGGGAUGGUUCCCGGGAGGAACUCAAGCAAACCUGGGCGCGGAGCAAUAUCAAGAUCCUGAUGUUCCUGGAUUCGUGAGUGGUUCACGUGCUGAUUACACCACUAUUCUGUUUUCUAGCAGUGAGACUAUUUACGACCAGCAAUCGAUUCAUUCCUCCGGGGCUGCUCUGCCACCUCAUGAUGCAUCUCUGGAUGCUAUUUCUCACCACCUGUUUUCAGAAAACAACUCAACGCCAGAGUUUGGUGGACAGUAUUCUCAUGCUGAUGAAAUAUCAAUCCUUAAUGAAUACUACAAUACCUUGAUGGGGACCAACUCCAACUCAGGAUUGCAUGCCUUAUCCGCAGCAUUCUCAAGUUGAUGAUACGUCAUCCCCGGACUACGACUACAAUCCUUUCGGAGAGUUUUGAGAUUGAGAGAUGACAUAUGAGCAGUGCUGUCUGUACAUAUUAUUUCUUGUACAGUUUCUAAUUAUGAACUCUUGAAUAAUCUUGUCCCGGUGGACAAUGCUGUAUUUUAUGAGUCUUGGUAGGAAUGUAUAUGUUUGGUAUAAAAUCGGUGAAGGGUGCAUGUAGUGUAUGACAUCGCUUUGACGGAGGAGGUGCUGAUUGUACGGGACUGAACUGAAGGCAAGACAGCAGCAAGCAAGCACUGACAACGUGUGGAUUGAAUAUAGCUCAGACGGCUGAGAGCCGGAGGUCAUCAGGCACGAUGCUCAACGCCGGAGGUCAAUUGUAAUUUUUAUGUAAUAUAAUUUGCCCUAGUGUUGCAAUAUGUACAAAUAUUUUAGUAUUUUAGCCUGUGAUUCAUCGGUCCAUAUUAAUGUUAUUGUGUGAAUAAAUGUUUAUCAAA